ACGCAUUGAAGGCUAAGCGAGUCAUUCAUAAGUGACGCGAGAAUUGCCAGAAUUGGUUGACUGAGUAAUGCGUUGAUGUGUUUGAGAGACACAUACCUGUGAUCGAGACGUAACCCAAACCGAUGGCCAAUCGCUCGGCCGCACAGACCUAAUGACCAAAUGAUUGUACAAACCGUUCAGAUCGGCGACCGAGUGCUGGACGUGACGGCAACGCCAGCCGCACACCCGUCCCCACCACAGGACAGACCAAACCCUGCCCUCCGACUCACCACUGAAUGUGAGGCCAACGCGUGUCCGCCACUCAAGUCAUUCCCGUUAACGGCCGCCACGACUGCGGCGGCCAUUCGUGACCACAAAAGCCAUUCCACGGCCGAUAAGGCCAACGCCAGGUCCGUGUCGUCGGACUCGCUGCUCAUCGGCGGCACCACUGCUAUGACGACCGCAAUCGCGUGUCCGGUGGCCGUCGACCGCAGCCGAGACGCGACGGACCGCACGGCAAACGGCCUGUCAAUGGCGGACAGCUGUCGGCCAUCGAGAGGCCAAACGAAACGCUCACCCAAUCGAGAGCGCAGCUCAUCGUUGCCACGACUGCUAUCCUCCCAACUGUCGUCGCCCUCAUUGGACGACUCGCCCGAUGGCGGGCACUGUCAUCACCAGCACCACAGCCCCGACGGGUGCGGCCAUCAGUCGCCGUUCGCCGUGCAGUCGACACCUCUGUCCCGAACGAAGUCGUUUCGAGUGGAGACCAAAAACUACCGAAUCUUUCGCGCCUCAGAUCUAGUCAAAGGAAAUCUAUUGGGAAAGGGAUUCUUCGGUGAAGUCUAUUUAGUGACUCACAGACAGACCUCAGAGAAAAUGGUUCUCAAAGAGUUGUAUCGCAUGGAAGACGAGGCGGAAACCAAUUUCCUCAAAGAGGUGGCCGUUUUGGGCUCUCUCUCGCACCCGAAUGUCCUCCACUUCAUUGGCGUCCUCUACAGGGAUAAGAAACUCCAUUUGUUGACUGAGUUCAUCAGCGGUGGAACGCUGAAGGAGCUGAUCCACGACCUGAACCGCGCACUCCAAUGGCCACUACGGGUCAACUUUGCCAAAGACAUCGCCUCCGGAAUGAAUUAUUUGCAUUCAAUGAAUAUUAUUCAUAGAGAUCUCAAUUCCCAGAACUGUUUGGUGAGAGAGGACGGGAUGGUAGUGGUGGCCGACUUCGGUCUCGCGAAGAUCAUCGCCACCAAUAACCGCAAGUAUAGCAACAAUGGCAAGCGUAGGGACCGCAGGAAGAGGUACACCGUUGUGGGCAAUCCCUAUUGGAUGGCACCCGAGAUGAUGAAAGGCAAGAAAUACGACGAAAAGGUGGACAUCUUCUCCUUCGGUAUCAUUCUAUGCGAAAUCAUCGGUCGAGUACAGGCAGAUCCCGAUUAUUUACCACGAAAUUCCGACUUUGGUCUCAACAAAAUAGUGUUUAAAGAGAAGUUCUGCGAAUCGUGUCCGGAGUUCUUCUCCCGAAUAGCAUUCCUGUGCACUGAAGUUGAUCCCGAAGACAGACCUCAAUUCGAGACACUUGAGCGCUGGUUAACCAAUAUCUCGGUAUAUGAGGCGAGCGAACAGACCAUUCCAAAGGAACUGAUGGACGAAAUCGUGUCAUUUCCCGACCAAAGCUACAGCUCAUCGUCGGAGUCGUCUCCGGCGUCGACCCCCGAAAGCACCCAAAGGCCACUCCCGAGCCUACAAUUGCGGACAAUUACUGAACACAUUUCCGACAUCUAA